UGAUGAUCUACGCUACGUUUCAUCUGUGGCGCUUAUUGGAUCGCAGGGCGACGUCAUUUUCGAAAACAACAGGUACUCUCUGACAGAGGGUGGCGCAAUUCAUCAAUAAAAGUGACUGGGAAUUUGUGACAAUCAUCAAUAGAGAGCCUUGCGUCCUUUUAACCUUCUUUUAAAGAUGCUAUCCUUUGUUCCUUGAAAAGAAUCUCUAUUCUUGAACUCCGAGAAUAAAACCCCGAGGACUAUCAGAAUAUCCUCAAGUUUUGUCGCCAAGAACGCCUCGCAUAAAAUGUCGGCGAAUUGCACAGAAGCGCCAGGCACGAUCCCCAGCGAUGCUGGCGUUGCGGGCAUUGGUGUCCUCCUCUCUUUCAUAGUAACCGCCGCCAUCUCACUCGUAAUCAGCGCCUCCCUCAUAUUCCAAGAAACACGCCGCAGCACCUCACAAAAACUCUCCACCCUACGCCGCAAACUCCUCAAUUCCUACUCAGACCAGCAAAUCCUAACCGGCAUCGGGAUCCAAAGCGUCGGGCUAGCGAAGACAUCAUCCAUGGUACCAUACCAUUUCUUCCUAGUAUGGAUGCUCUCUCUCCUCUCUAUGGCCGUCCACAACGCCACUUUACUAGCCUUAGCUCGCGACUUCCGCCGCGAUUGGGUGCUCCGCUGGAUGCGCCAGAUCCUCAUGCUCGCGAAUCUGGUCCUAUCAUGCGUCUACGGCGUGUACAUCCUGCGCGGCGUCCAGCGCGGACUCAGCGACGAGACGUUCCCUAUAACAUGCGUAUGGCAAGAUUCAACACCCAACGGGCCCGCACCUAGCAACGAGGGUAUAUCAUUCGCGGGCACCAUCGCCGUCGUCGCUGGUAACGUCGUUAUCUUCGCCUUAGCAACCUGGUACUUACACGCCCGAACACGACGUCUAUACACCGUCUUCCAAAUCGUGGGACUUCUUCUCAUGGCCGCGUUUUCGGUCGGCGCCACGGUGCGCGUGGCUUACCUUGCCGAUGCGUUUUCGGGUAAAGCACCGGUCCCGCUGGCUGAUGACGGCGAGCGUGAGUGGAGCUUUGGACAACUUUUGUCUGUGGGCAUGUUAUUGCUCCCGCUGGUGUCAACGGUAGAGAUUCUGCGGGGUGAGAUUAAGUGUGCGCCGCCGGUGGCCGCGGAUCAGUAUGAUUCGGAUGAUAAGGGUCAACUGUUAGGGGUAGAGGAGCAGGAGCUUAGGACGAAUAAUGGGGGAAGGGGAACAGGGACAGCGGAUUUUCAGCCGAAUCCAUUUUGGGGAUCGCAGACGAAUUUGUUUCGGAAGUGAUAGACUGCGAAGGAAAGGAAAAUGGGCGAAUGGGUUAUUACGGGACGGGAUAUGGAUGGCACAUGAUUUUGAUGUUUAGACGAGCGAGCGAGUUGAGAUACCCCCUAUUGCAAUGAACAUGAAUGAAUUUCCCGAGAUCCCCAUCUGGAACUACCUAGUUAGAUGCUUCAUUAAUAAUAUUUGGUUGUACUCGGUAUCAUUUGAUAUUUUCUCGCGUGUUCGGCCUCGCGCAGUAUCGAACCAAUACCAUACAUCCUUUGUACUACCGAGUCAAUGAACCCGUAUCAUAAUUCGAAUAGCCAGCCUAGAACCCCAGGGGACCGGGUUAUUUUUACGAAGUAUUAUAUAAUACGACUUACACUUCUAGUAUAUUUACCUAGGUAUUCAAGCUAAAUAGAGGUGAAUUUAUAAUUUUAAAUGGGUCUAUGCGAAUUAAGAUGCUAGUCCAGCUCCUACCGGCACAAUUUGGGCGCGAAGUCUUCAUGCCUUC